AUGGCCAAAUGUGGUCCUGUGUUGAUGUCCCAGACAGCAGAGGUUCUCCCUGGGUAUUGUGGAAAUUGGCCCAAGAGAUUUGGGUUGGCAGUAGGAACCGUGGAGGGCAUUGUGGAGAUCCGUUCUGUACAGGUGGGAACCGUGGCCAUCCGAUCCAUCCACAAUGGCUUUUACUUGGCAAUGAACCGCAAAGGGAAAGUCUAUGGAACGAAAGCAUACAGCCCCAACUGCAAGUUCAAGGAACGUAUUGAAGAGAACGGCUACAAUACCUACGCCUCUUUCCAUUGGCACCACGAAGGGCGACCCAUGUUCCUCUCCCUCAACAGCAAAGGGCUGCCACGACGAGGGACAAGGACCCGCUGGCAACAUCUCUCCACCCAUUUCCUGCCAAUGCUCGUCUCAUGAAGGAGGAACACGCUGGACUACUUGAUCAACCAUGCACUAAUUUCUUUUUCUUUUUACGACCCUGUAAUCCCUUAAUUCAGGGUAGAUUCCGAGAGAACUGAAUGGAGCUGAGCAUUGACUGGCCAGAUGCUCUUCCUGAUGCCUAUGUGGAGGGAGUCUGCAGCAGAUAAUUUUCUCUUCGUGCCCUGAGAGAGAAACAUCUGUCACUACCUAGUAU